AUGGCAGACACCAACAAGAAGGACGAAACACUUCGAAGACACACAGAUUUGGUCCCAACUCUUCCCAGCAGAGAGAAUGGUGGGGUAACUAAUAAGGAGGUCAUCAACGACCAGAAUACUUUGUUGACCUCAUCCUCUCUCAAAGGAGUCAUGCUGGUUCAACAAAACUUCAUUGCCCUUCCCACUGAUAUUCUCUUAGCCACUUACCCUAAAUGUGGCACCACAUGGCUCAAGGCCCUCAUUUUCGCAAUCACAAACCGAAGCUUUUUCGAUUUUGCCUCACACCCUUUGCUCACCAAUAAUCCCCAUGGUUGCAUCCCCACCUUAGAAGGUCUGGUUCAAAACAACAAUGCUUCAACAACCCUCAGCCUUUCUUCGGCUCGCCUCCUCGCCACCCACAUCCCUUGCCAUUUAUUACCUGCGUCCGUAGCCUCUUCUGGGUGCCGGAUUGUUUACAUUUUCCGCAACCCAAAAGAUGUCUUCGUGUCUUGGUUCCAUAUGAAAAAGUUGAUGACGGUGAAGGAAGAAGAACUACCACCUCUUUCACUAGGAGUGGACAUUUUCUGUAAACGGGUCAAUCACUUUGGAUCCUAUUGGGAUCAUGUGUUAGGGUAUUGGAAUGCAAACUCGGAAUUUCCUGGGAAGGUUUUGAUCCUGACAUACGAGGAUAUGAAGAAGGACACCUUCAGUUGCGUUAAAAGAUUGGCUGAGUUCUUGGGUCAACCAUUUUCUUCAGAGGAAGAGAGAGAUGGUGUUGUUGAAGAAAUAGUGAAGUUAUGCAGUUUUGAGCAUUUGAGCAAUUUGGAGGUGAACAAGACUGGGAUGCUACAGUUUACCGCCAAUUCUGCUAUUCAAAACAAUGUCUUCUUCAGAAAGGGUGAGGUUGGAGACUGGCGGAACCAUCUCACAGAUGAGAUGGCGGCUCGUCUGAAUCAGAUCUCAGAGGACAAGUUUGGUGGUACUGGUUUAAUGUCUCAUAUUAAUUAA